CGCGUAGUACGAUCUGACAAAGGCUCCACUACCCAGUCAGACAGCAGACAGACACACGACUACACGAGUUUUAUUUCCUCUUCGAUUCCUUGUUUUGAAAUUGUUCAGUUGAUUCGGAAAGAUUUUCAAAACAGUCCCGUCCAGCCUUCACUCAGCCGUCCGUGGUCAGUAAAUGGACACUUGUGGACAUCCAGUAAAUGAACAGCACAAUGAACCAUACCGAUCGCAAGAAAUUGCAGAAAAACUACGUAAAGUUGGUGAAUGAUGUCAAAUACUACCAAGUUUCUGCAUAUUUGAUUUCCAAGUUUGUUUUGGACUUGCGAAUGGACGCUGAAAUAAAGAGUGCCAAAACUGAACAGGAACAAAUGGGCAAACUCUUGGGUAUUUUACAGACAAGGGGAGAACACAGUUUCAAACAUUUUGUUGCUGCCUUGAAGACCAGCUCUCCAUGGUUGGCAGAUGAGUUGGACGUUGAUGUUGAAGUCAAGAGUGAGAAGCCCUAUGAAAUUCUUGAAAAAAUACAAAUCUGUGAUGUAUCUAUUGCUGACUUUAUCCCGGAAGUUCGAAGAACCCUAGAAAAAAGUCCAACUGUUUGCCGAAACUGGAGAACUGUGGCGAAUUCCAUGAGACUUCACCACACCACAAUUCAGGACAUUGAAGAAAAUAAUCGUUUUAGGACGUCAAAUGCCAUUUAUGAUGUGCUACAACACUGGGUGGACGAGUGUGGAAAUCAGAAAGCUACAUUUGGCAGCCUGAUUGACAUUUUACAAACUGAACGCAUGGCAUUUGCUGCAGAUGAAGUUGAAAAACUUUGGAUUAAACUUUCCUCAACAAAUGCACCAUCUUGCCAGUUAUCUUGAGCUAAUACUGCAUUAACACUUAAUUUUUUUUAUACUUACUUUGAUACUUACGUUUGAACGUGUAAUUACAACCUUGUAUCCCUUCAGAAAUUAUGUUGAAUGCAAAUAAUUUUAGCUUGACAACUUUGUAUUAGGUAUAAACAAUUAGCAUUUGCAUGCGUCCUUUAGAUAUUGCGAAGAAACUCCCAUGACUUAUGCUUGUAGUCACUACAUGCAUACAUCAAAACAUUAUCAAGAUUUUAAGCGGGAUUAUACCAUGUUUUGGAGUUUACAAAAAUUAGUUGUACUUCCUUUAAAUUUGUUUGAGAAUGUUUUAGUUUGGCUGUUAUCAGUUUGUAUUACUAUUAAUAAUCAAUGCUAUCUAUCUGCUAUCGAUAUUUACAAGUAUGUGAUGAUGAACUACAAGCGCUUAUUAAGAAGUAUUAUUAUUAUAAUCAUACACGUUAAAGGGUUAACCCUUUAACGUGUAUGAUUAACGACAA